AUGGAAAGAGCCAUUGAUGUGAUGAUAUCAUCUUCCGAAUUCAUAACUGUCGACUUUAAACAAUCAGACUACAAUUAUCUGAUCUUUGGUUUAACCAUUCUGCCCGCAAUGAAGAACUUGGUUCGUUCAAUUCACUUGCUCAUGAACUCGCAGCUUCGCCAGAAGCGACUAGGGGGGAGCUGUCACAAAAGUGAAGGAGAGAUUAAAUUAUCCAUCUCCGUGUUCGUCUUCACUCUUGAUCAACUUUUUCCGGUUACCGGAAAUGGAUUGAUUCCCACGUAUUUAAUUCCACGGAUAUACGGGCAGAAGUUAAGUCAAACUCAUGAGUCGUUACACUCUAGAUGUAAUAACAUUCUUUUCCUACAAUCAUCCCACGCCGAUGAUGAUGUUGUUUAG